AUGUCCGGACUAUUUCUCUUAUCACAAAAUUGCAGGGACCAUUAUCUAAGGCUUUUUCAAGGAGUGCUCUCUGUAACAUUCGCUACCUCACCUCACCUGCUGUCGGCGACCUCAGCUCAUCUCUUUCCACCGGUGACCUCAGCUCAUCUCUUUCCACCAGCGACCUCGUCUCAUCUCUUUUUACCGCCGACCUCGGGCUCACCUCACCUCACCGAAGACUGCAACAACUACUCAGCGUUACAAGCCCUAGCUACGAUUAAGAAAGCGUGA